AGGGCCGCGGCCGCCUGCGGCCCGCGCUCACCGGCUGCCGCCGCUAGGUCGAGCCGGGCCGGGUGAGGUGAGGUGAACGCGGGGGAAGCGGGGCGAUGGGACGUCACCCCAGGAAUGGCUCGAGGAGGCGGGGUGGCGUUGGCCCAGAAUGUCGUGGGAUCCGUCCGAGGGGGUCAUAAGGCACAUCAUCCGCCAAGCGGGGCAGGAGUGUGCCGCCCACGGACACGCCGUCUCCGAAACAGUGGUGGCUUUCAUGGUGAAAGCUGUUAUUCUAGAUCCAAGAAAUGACUUUAAUGUGGAUCAAAUCCUUACAAAAAAGGAUGUGCAAAAUCUUAUCCAGCUCUGUGUUUCCAGACUGCUUGACACAACAAACCCAUCCCUGAGCACAAUUAAGAUGCAAGUUUACUUUGAUUUGAACUACGCAAACAGAGCUGAAUUACUCAGAGAGCAUCAUCGUGUUCUGGAGGGCAGGUUGGCUCCUCUGCUCAGAGACAUCACAGAUAGUCGUCCCCGCAUGCAAGAGGAAAUGAAGAAUGUGUAUCAAAUGAUUGUUAGCUACGUGCUGCUGAGCUCUGGCCUGGGAUCCUCAACAGACAUUGAGGUCGUCAGGGAGGUAACAGCUGCCUUACAGAGUGUCUUCCCCCAGGCAGCUCUGGUUACUUUCUUACCACUCAGUAAGAAGGAUAAAGAGCAACAGCUAAAAAAUCUUACCAUGCUAGUCACAGGAAUUCGGUUGUACAACAAGGAAUGUGGAAAAGGAGGAAAAGGCAUCGAUGACUUGCCAGCCAUUCUGAAUGAAGCCAUCCCAUCAGCUAUCCAAUCUAUUGAGGCCCGCCUUAAUGCUUGCCAUGAGCUUGCCCACGGUUACACCGCUCUGCUGGAAUCCAUGCAUGAAGACCAGAACAGAUACAGGCAGCUUAGCUCUUUAAAACUAAAAGAGGCACUGUUCAAUGUGAGGCAGUAUGAGGCCUUCCUUUGCAUCCUUCUGUCUGACGCAGUUACAAGUAGUCAAGAAAUGGAAAAGGUGAACGUGCAGUUUGCAGGAACCAUGGAGCAGUUAAAAAGCACCAUUCACAAUAAGGACUCCGUAGAUACCAAAGAAGCUUUUCCUCUUUUUGUUGCAACUUUUAACCUAUGGACCAGGUUUCAGGAUGAGAUACUGCUGCUAAGCUUCCUCACAAAUAUGACUAACUGUCUGCAACAGUUCUUGGAAGCCCAGUCACAGCUUUUUCCUGAGGAACUGCUAGCAUCUCUUCUGGAAGGAGUGACUGUGAAAACUGAUAAGGAGAGGAUAAGAGAAACCAUGGGGACAAAAGUGAAUGCUUCUGACUUCAAGAACCAGGAAUGGCUUUUUCCAGAGAAUACCGCUAAUUUUGAUCAGUUGUUAAUCCAGUACCAUGGUUUCUGUGCACAUGCAAUUGGUGUAAAAGGCCUCACCCUUCCAGGAAAUCCCGCUAUUGGAAUUUUGAAGCACAAGGACAGAUGUUAUGUUUUCAGUUCCAAAGAAUCUGCAUACAUUUUUGCUCAAGAUCCAGAUAAGUUCAUUCAACUGAAUGUAGAAAAAGCAAAAGAACACGCAGAGCUAAUUCAGCUGCUCGACCUUCACCAUCAGUUUGGAUACGUUGCUCCACAUAUGCGGGUAAGAAGAGCAGACAAACUUGUGAUGAAACCAACCACAAAAUGUGACAGUGGUACUCAAACUGAUACUCAUAUCUUGCCUCCAACUAUUGUGAAGUCCUAUGAGUGGAAUGAGUGGGAACUGAGAAGAAAAGCUAUAAAAUUGGCCAAUCUGCGUCGCAAAUUAACUCAUGCCAUGCAGACUGAUCUCAGCCAUCUGAGAAGGGAGAACUCCACCCAAGUGUACCUGCCCAAAGAUGGCAGCACCCAGACGAAGCGUGACAGUUCGAGCAGUGUACCCAGACCGCAGAUUUUCUUGGCUGGUCUCCGAGGAGGAUCGUCUGCUGCUACUCAAAUGGUCAAAGUGGACUUAACAAGAGCAGUAGAUGAAGCCUAAGGGAAAAUGAGAAACCUAAGGAAAUAUAUUAGUUAUAUAUAAGAA